CACAUGGCAAGUAUGCGAAAAUACAAAAUCAUCUUUAAUUAUUCCUCCUUAUCCACCACCACACACGUCGUGAGCACGCGCUCGAACCAGGCAAAGCCUCCAAGUUCCGUAAUAGAUUUUCCGGCGAAGCACAACACCUAAACCUCCUCCCGUCAUGGCCUCAACUAAUCCGUGUCUUAUCGGACAAAGAAUCUCCGUCCCUCAAUUUCACCUCCUCUUCAACUCAAAGCCUCCGAACCACGAGCUCUCCACCACUAAACGCUCGAAUUUCUGCGUCUCCAUCGCUUCUUCUACAUCAAACCGGAACCCUGGAAAAUCAUAUAUCACCUGUCCGCGGCGCAAUUGCGCCGCCGUUGAUGGCCCCGAGACUAGUUCGAGUGAGGAUAAGUGGGAUUGGGAUCGUUGGAGCCGCCACUUCGAUGAGAUUGAAGAAAUCGAUGGCGUGGUGUCUCUUCUCAAGGUACAACUUGAGGAGGCCAUCGAAAGAGAAGACUUUGGAGAAGCGGCGAAGUUGAAAGCAGCUAUUGGAGAAGCUACUGUGAAUGAUUCUGUCGCUGAGAUCAUGUGCCAGUUACAGGAUGCAAUUCGUGAAGAGCGUUACCAUGAUGCUUCCAAGUUAUGUAGGCAGACAGGAAGUGGACUGGUGGGUUGGUGGGUUUGUUAUCCUCAAGAUUCCGAGGAACCAUUUGGCAGAAUUGUACGCAUAACUCCAGGCGUUGGACGGUUUAUUGGCAGGAGUUACAGUCCAAGACAGUUAGUGACAGCAGCAGCUGGAACACCUCUCUUUGAGAUUUUUAUUGUUAAAGACACGGACGGUGAAUAUGUUAUGCAGGUGGUCUAUUUGCAACAUGCCAAGCAGAAACCAUCCAUUCCCGAGAGUUCCUAUGUAAGUUCACAGCAAUCAUCGAAUGCCUCAGCUGAGAGCCCAUCAAUAUUAGAUGCAGGAGGAAGUGAAGUGAAGGUGGAUAAGAAAAAAGAUAAACUACUAAACGCUGAGGAACCAACUGAAGAAGGGAUCCAAAAUGUGAUAAAGUUUCUAAAAGACAAAAUCCCAGGGCUAAAACUGAUGAAAGUAAUGGACGUUGAACUCCCCGACGAAGAGAUCAUAGGCAGUGAUGAUGAUCUUGUAGAGCUGGUUGGAGAAGUUAUUGAGGAAGCUGGUUCUGCUGAUGAAGAAGAAGAUGAUGAUGACAGCAGUGAAGAAAUUGCAUCUAUGGAUCGUGCUGAUAAUAGAAAGGAUUUAAACCCUAAGGUUUUCAUCGGAGGGGUUCUACAUAGCACAGAGGAUUCCUCUAUAGAUGAUGAGCUUGUACGUGUUACCGCAGAUAUAAUGGAUAACGAAAGAGAUUCCUUUACCUUGCAUGUUCCUGGGAGAAGAAAGAGUGAUGUUGAUACAAGAAAAGACAGAGUGUCCAAGGAGCAAGUAACAGCUUUAGCAGCUGAAGGACUUUCGGAUCUGAUGCCACCAGAGGUUGCCAAGGCGUUCUGGGGCUCAGAGAGACCUUCUUUGAAGGUAUCAAGAAAUGUCCGUGAGAUUGUCAAGCUUGCUAUAAGCCAGGCACAAAAAGGAAAUCGGCUCUCUGAGUAUACAAGAUUUAAUAGAAUCAUAACUCCUGAAAGCGACCUAGACCCUUUUGAUGGCCUAUAUGUUGGUGCAUUCGGACCUUACGGCACUGAGAUAGUACAACUCAAGCGUAAGUAUGGCAACUGGAAUGAUGCAGAGGAAAGUGACUCCACAGAUAUUGAGUUCUUUGAAUAUGUUGAGGCUGUGAAGUUGACAGGGGAUCCAAAUGUGCCAGCUGGCCAGGUGACAUUUCGUGCGAGGAUUGGGAAGGGGAGUCGCAUGAGGGAUCGUGGAAUGUACCCGGAGGAAAUGGGAGUGCUUGCGAGUUACAUGGGAGAAGGAAGAAUAGCAGACUUUGGGUUUAAAAACCCAAGAUGGGUCGGAGGGCAGCUUUUAAAACUCAACGGAAAGGGAAUGGGACCAUAUGUGACGGGUGGGGAUCUUGGAUUUCUAUAUAUUGGUCCUGAGAAGAGCUUCAUGGUCGUUUUCAACCGUCUGAGACUGCCUGAGUGACUAAUGCUCAGUCUCUUCAUUGUUACUAUAUUUCUUCUUUUUGACCUUCUUCCAUACACACUUUACUUACCCCUACAGUUUCAGCAUUACUGCGAGUGUUUUAGAUGGGAAAAAGCUUUGUUGUAACUAUAUUGUGGCUCAUGUUUUCUUCCAUACACGAGAUAUUAUGCAUGUUGACUUGCAAAGUUUUUAGGUGAGCUUAAUCAAAACCGAAAAUAGACUCGA